AUGGACUAGAUGAAUAAAUAUACAUUAGAAUUUCGAGCAUCAGAUAUUGAAAUAAAGUAUUAAAAACAAUCAAUCUACAAAUUACUCAAGCCUCUCCAUCAUGGUCUCAUUUUAAUGUCACUAUUAUUGAAUACAAUUUAGAUAAUUACUGUAACAACUAGAGAAUCCUAUUCAAUACCAUUUAUCAAUAUCACUUUUAUAGGAUUAUCUAUAUUUAGUUUUGUUAUUAUUUAUAAAAAAGAGUCAUUAACAUAGAAAAUGAUGACUAUUGAAAAUGCUUAUAUCUUAUUAUUAUAGUUGAACUUUACUGCAAAUAAUAUACAUGGUUAAGAAUACUUUUUAUAUGGAAGUAGCUUUUCUUUGAUUCAGGCAGUAACAUAUUUUGCUACAGAUUUUUAUUUAAGUUGUCCUUCAGUUAUAUUUCAUUUGAUAUUUCGAUUAGUUGCGACUACUUUGUCUGCAGAUAAAUUUGAUUUAGUAGGAUUGGGUCUAACGAUAACUACAGCAAUAUUUUUAAUUAGUGUGUUAUAUAUAUGUAAUAAGGCAUAAAGGUUAUAAUUCUUAAUGAAUUAUAAAGAAGAUACAAUUAACUAUCAAUUACAAACUUUAAUCAAUAAACCUUUUACAAAGAUUAUAUAUAAUGAAAAGAAAUUAUAAAUAGAUGUACUUUAGGUCAAUUAGGUAAAUUAAUUUUUUGGAUAUAACUAAGAUUUAUGUUUUGGAUGUAAUAUUAGAAAUUUUAUAAGAAAUUGUAAGAUUGCUGAUAGAGCAUUAGAGAAAUGGAUAAUAAAUGAUUAAACAAAUCUAAAGGAAAAUUGGAUUGCAAUGGUUUAAAGAACAAAAAUAAAGAUUAGGCUUUGUUAAUUUAAUACUGAUAAUAGUUUGAUAUUAAUUUUAGAGAAUUCAAAAUUGGAUACAAAAUAAAAAUAAGUUCCUUAGUUUGUGACAAAUCAAUUAGUUGAAUAAUUUUUGAAUAGUAAGAAAACUCUUUUUAAUUUAUAAUUUAAAUUUGGGGUCAUGUCAAUUUUAAUGUUAGGUCAAUAUAAAAUAAAGACAAUAAAUAUAGUAAAGGUAUUGAAAAAAUUAUUGAAUACAUAUGUAUUUUAAGGGAAAGUAAAUUUAAAUUUAAAUGGUUAUAAGAUGAUAAAAUUGAAGACUUAUGCAUAAUUUUUGUAUAUUUUCUUAAUUUAAGUUUUUAAUAUCAUUUAAGAUAUGGAAUACUCUUAAAAUAUAUUUAAUGAAAUAAGUAUUAAUAGUUUUGAUAAUUAUCUUGUUUUUCAAUUGAAACUAUCAAAUAAACUUUAAUUUGUAUAAUUAUACUAAAAGAAUUUUUUUAUUAAAUAUACUGAAUAACAUUUAUUAAUUACACCAUUAACAUAAGAUUUAGUAUUUUAUUUUAAUAAAUUAAUUCCAUUUGAUGAAACAAAUGCUUCAAUAUGA